AUGCAGCAGCAUAGCAGGGAAAUUCUGAAGGAUGUCACGACGGCCCUACAACUUGAACAGGAGCUUCAACUCUCCCAGGCCCAACACGGGGUGGCGAUUCUGGACGUUUACAGCUCCGAGUGGGGCAACACAAGAGCACUAUCGGAGGCUUUCAGACGUCUCUACAUGGAUGCUGGCGACCAGAUUCAUCUUCGCUUCUACUCGGUUGAGUGCAACUCCGUUUUAGAGAGUCUUAAUUUUCCUGCGGAGCAGCGCAAUCCUCAGCGGCCGAAAAACUUGGAGCUUUGUCGGGAGACACUUCCGGCGUUUUGGGAGGGCAUCUUGAGCGGUCGUCGUGGGAAGUCCAAGUCGUACUUUGUCUUUUAUAAGGAGGGGAAGCAGCGUGCCUUUAUUGAGGGUGUCAACACCCCGAAGAUCGUCAGCUACGUGAGGGAUUUGUGCCGAAUUCAGAAGCCGGCGAGUGAAUGCACCUCCAAGGCGGAGCUUCUGAAGUUUUGGGAAUACAACUUCAGCGCAGCGGAGAGCGAGGUCUUUUUUGAGUCCUUUGUGCGUGCCGUACAAGAGCACUCCGCGGCAAAGCGACCACUCACGGAAAAGGAGGAGCGGAUUCUCGCAGAUGCCAUUGGAGCAGUGGACUCCAAAGUCUCUGUCGAGGCUCUGGACAAAUGGAUAGGAGAAAAUGAAACGAUUCAAGGGGCAUUCACACAACUUUUUCCUUUUCUUUCGGAGAACGGCGCACCCGCUGCUGCCACUGCUGCUGCGGAUGGCAGUAAUUUUGUGGAAGGGACACCCGGGAGCUUCGCGGCGGAAAAACGUGCCUUUGAGGAUGACAUGGAGCUGCCAAAAGUUUUUCAGGAAAGUGUUGAGAAUUUGAUGCCAGAACUCUGGCGUCGCAUCGUGGCACUACCAUUGCGUUGCCCAAGCAACACCCGCCUUGUGUUGUUGUCGUGCGAAAAGGGCGAAGAGGAGGCAAAGGAGUAUCUUCAACGCGCCAACGAUGUUCCGACCCUGAAUCGCUAUUUGGCAGAAAUGGGUCUUGCGGCCGAAGACAUCCAAAUUAUGUGUUGCUCCGCCGCAGAAAAGAUUUCCUCCCAGAGUUUGUCGUACGGCAAACUGGCUUUGGUUCUUAUGUUGUGUGACAAGGAUCGCUGUGAGGAGCUUCUUGGACGUCCAGAAGUACUUUUUGACCAACUUGAGAAUGGAACUCUAAUGUCUCAGCACUUUCCUCUUGCCUACACGGUGAUCUGCUUGUGCACGUCGGAGGCAAACUCUGAUGAGAGCUUUUAUUAUUGCAACGAUGCAAGCACUGUGGAAUCCGCCGACACUCUCAAGGAGGGCGACGAGGUGGUGCUUCCCCCUUUUUCGCGACUGUGUGCAAAGAACGCUACUGAGGGCGCCUUUACGGUGAAGUUUCUUGGAAUACCGCAGGUCAUUGGGCUUGCAGCAACGGACCCUGCGGGGGAAGGGGUUGUUCUUACUCCGUGGUACGCCAAAUUUCAUGUCACGGGGAGGGAAGAGAAUGCGAUCACACUCACGUUUGCGGGGAACGUUGAAGAAGAGCAAUUUCGGCAGUCUGUUCACUUAUACACUGAGCGUGUCGUGGCAGAAGAAGAAAGCAUUGCGAAGGUGGCGGCUAUAGUCAAUGUCCUUGAGCACGCAUUGGGAUACGAACAACAACCAGAUCCCUCGUCUUUUACAGACCCCCAUCUUGUUGAGAGAGAUGCUUCUGCCGAGAUUGCACCAGACCAAGUGGACUCUCCUGCCGAGAUUGCACCAGAUGACGGUGGUGAAAUUUCUGAGGCGGACGUUGCCAAAGCUGCUGCCAAUGAUGACCAAAACGGGGAGACAGAGCUUUGA